AUGCCUGCACCACUUUAUCUUUCGGGACCAUGUGAGAUAUGCUCCCAACCUGCCCAUGGACGACAUUUUGGUGUCAUGAGCUGUCGCGCCUGCGCAGCGUUUUUUCGAAGAGCUGCUACAUCGAGAACAUUAAGAGCCCAGGAUAAAGUUUGCACAACUGGAAAAUGCACGAUUUUUGAAGAUGGAAAAUACCGUUGUAAGUCAUGUAGACUCCAAAAAUGCCUCGCUGUGGGUAUGGAUGUAAAUAAAUUUCAAAGCGAUCGUGAUCUGUUAUCAAAUACUUCGAAUUACACAAAAAGAUCCAGAGUCAGCCCUCCUCAAAGCCUCGCCAAUUUUCUUGGCCGACCAGAAUUUAUUUUAUGUUGUGAACCGGAGAAAGUAUCACACGUGAAAACUAUAGUUGAUGUGUCUGAUUUGGUAUACAAAGCCAUGCAGAUACUACAAGAAGACAUUCAUCUUAUCCCAUUCAAAUUUGACAACAGUUUGGAGAAAUUGACAUUUGCAAUGGAUGAUAUGAAAUUGAAGAGAGGAAAUCAGAAGUUCGAAAUAGUGAAAACCCUUGGAAAAGCUGAAUCUUUGAUGUUCUUCGAGACAAACUUUCUCAAUGCAGCCCAGUGGUUUACCGGAUUUCCAGAAUUUACUGAGCUGGAUAUGAGUGUGAAAAUCGAAAUUUUGAAAUCGACAUGGUUAGUCUGGUUACGUUUAGAAAAAUUGGCAGAAACUGCAGCAUUUCAGAGGAGAAAAAUAUUGGGAUCUGACUUGUUUAUGUGCUCGGAAGGUGCUUGUAUGAAUAUCGAGGAGGUUGAAAUGGAUCUGUCUUGGUGCUCCAAUUAUUCGAGUGAACAAUUGAGGACUUUCAUGAUGUGUGACUUUGAACAAUAUUGGAGGGAUUCCGUGGAGACUUUGAUUGAACUGGAGCCGACGAAUAUUGAACUCAACUUCAUGCUUAUCCAGCUUUGUUUGAAUGAAGCUGGCAAGAAGUUUCAAGGAAAAAUUCUUGAAGCCACGGACAAGUUACUUCAGAUCCAAGCAGAUAACCUACAUGAUUACUAUACGAAGAAGCUGAAAAUGUCAAAUUAUUCGAGUCGUCUGUCGAGAUUGAUGAAAGUGAACAAAGCUAUUGAAGCAGAUGUGAGAGAGAGGAAGGAGCGAAGUUAUAUUGCAAGAGUUUUUAAUUUAUUUUCUAUCGAAUAUUCUCAUCCCGAAAUGUUUGAAACUGCUUGA